GGCACCACUGUCUGGAGAUCAGCAAACAGGUCAUCCCAAGGUUCGUUGUUUAGGUGGCUGGGUAGGGCUCUGCCUUUCGCCCUCUCUGCCUGAAUGCAGACUUGGCAUCACUGUUUCUUUGUCGACACUGCAGCCUCCAUUUAUUCCACUACAUCUGGACUCUGGCGUUGGAGAUACAACUGAAAUGACCUGGUCCAGGGAAAGUAACCAUGGUGAUGGCGGCGAGUGGACGCUACCAGCCCCUCCUGAACUAAGCCCUGAUAUGGUCACUGUCCAAACUAUUCGCCUCUCUAGGGUGCCGAGAGCCAAUUUAAGCGCCAAAGAUGCACGGUAUUAUUCUGCACGCAUUAACUACCGCCUGGGUCGCAGUUAUACCUCCAUAAUGUUCACGCUCUACACCAACAGUGUGUUUAUUGCCGCACCACUGUGUUGGGGCAGUCAUAAGAUAGACCCACGCGCAGCAGGCCACUACACAUUCAUGGUGCAGGGAAUUGAGGAACUCGCGCGUAUCUCCAAAAAGGGCGAUGCCGCUGCUAGGAUGGUAAUUCUUAUUAUAAACAGCACAGGGGGCCCUGCCAGUAAAGUAUUUGCGUGUGUAUGGUGCUGUCAUACUGGAACUAAUGCCAUGAUCUGGAGGCUCGAAGGAGAUAAAUGCUGUUUUAAAUGUGUAUUAAUGGUUGCAUCCACAGAUGAUUUAGGAGCAGGGGUAUUAAUAGCUUGCCAGACAUUUGCUUCCUUAUAUUCGCAAUAGUCUGUGAAUGAGCCAUGAAUUGAUGUUUUAAUGGUCUCCUAUGAACUGAUAACAUUAACCCAGGUAUAGUAUACAUUAUUUUACACAUGGUGUGAUUCCAUAGUAUCUCUUUGCUCGUGCACCAGCUCUAUUCUAGUUCAUUCAAACUUUAGGGUUGGGUAGCUGAUACCCCUAAC